CUGCUACCUUUAUUCUUACUGAUGGACUGUUUAACAGCAUGGCUUUGGGACAGAUUUGAACUGGAAUGGAAAAGGAGAGGAAGAAUUUGGGGAGCAAUGAAAAUUGCUACUGCCAGCUCUCAUCCAAUUCUGGUUUCCAACCAAAUAAAUUGAUCUUUUCCUAAUUAGUGACAAGAUCAAGCUCUUCUUAUCAGGGACAAAUGACCAGUGAAGGUAACACUGCUUUUUAUACUGGGGCUGCUAGAAGGGAGGUUCCUCUUAAUUUUCCUCUUUGGAAUUCCCCCUCUGAGUGUUCUGGUCUUUCUUAUUUCCUCCUUUCUGCUGUCACUUUCUCUUAGCCCUGGACAGGGCUGGCAGUUCUCAUCAUUUAUUGGUACUGAAUCCAGAGUGGAAGAGCAGGAGCUGUCCGGUUUCUUAAGGUUAGUUUUUCUUGAACCCUUGAAUGCAUGCUUUUUUUAUCAUGGUAAAUUCAUCUUAUCAUACUUUUUGUACAUAUUUGUAAUUGCAGUGUGUCAGUAUCUGGACUUGUGUUGCUUCAAAUACUAGUGGGAUGAUGUCUAAAUGUGGGUGAAAUUUUAGAGACAUUUUUGUGAUUUGGUUUUGUGGCUGGCCCUGCUACUUGCUCAAAGGGUUGCUAUAGUUUGUUUCAGACUUUGUUAAGAAUAUUCUUUUUUUGUAUAAACGUUGUGCCUAUGGAAAGCGAAACUGAGAAUCACUGAAAAAAAACUGGCUUAUUUCCAUUUUUUCAUAACUCUGGCAAAACAACCUAGAGCUUUACUUUCCCACUGAGGAGGGCUGAAAUUCUGUCCUGAAGAAAGCCGUUGAGUUAAAAUGUAGACAAGUGUCUGCUGUGAUCUUUACUUUAUCUCAUAGCUGGGAUGAGAGAGCUGGGCACAGCUGUGACACAGGAGGUUAUACUGGACAUGAAAGGCAAGUUCUGCUCUGAAUCACAACUCUGACACCUGCAGGGCACUUGUUACAGCUCUGCCUGAACUUGUCCAUCUCCUGCACCAGACAAGUAAUAUUGCUCGUUCUAAGCUAAGCUCAUUGAAAGGCAAAAUCUUCUUUUACCUGAUAUCUAUGCUUUAUUAAACUCUUUUAAACUCAUCUCUAACAGAGACAAAGGAUAACAGGCAGGAUAUAGAUCAGGUUCUUUUUCAGCUCCAUCUCUGUUUUUCUUUAAUUUUAGAAUCAAAUAAAUUCUGUGGAAAGUAACACCAUUCCAUCAGAAAGAUAAAGACUCUCAGCAAAAGUAUGAAAAGUCUUUACCUCUUCUUGAGCUGGGUAAUACAAUGGAAAAGUUAAACUGGCCUUUAAACUGUUAGUUGAACUGUAAGUUUUUCACAGAUCUGAAAUAGAAACUAAAACUUCAAAGCUAAAUAUAAAUUGAGCUCCAUUAAUUGCAUUUUACAAAUAAUCAGGGCAUGUCUGAAAGGAAAAAUCCAUGUGGUACCUGUGGAGCAGAGGAAUUGUUACUCAUGUAUUUGAGAAGAGGAAAAGGAUAUAAGUGAUUGGAAUGUGGAGAGAAUUUCAUCCUUCCCCACUGCUGGCUUGCCCACCUCCCAGAUAAGCUGCUCCCAAAACAUUGUCUGCAGCAAAAGCCCGGAAACAGCUCUGCUUUUGGGGGAGUGCCUUGUGCACCUUGACAUAACCUUUGGGGGGGCACAGAAGAUGAGAGAAAACUUUCUAAAGUUGGUGUGAGAAAACAAGGCUAUAAAAUAGCGGCCAACAAUAUUGAGCUUUUCAAUCAAAGUGCUUUUAAAUCAAAGCACUGGUGUUUCACUGGACUCCUUUUUUACAGCUUGAUAUAACCUGCUUUUUGUCAGCUUGUUUCACUCAGACUCACGUGUAGCACUUAAUGGGUCUGGGGCGUUGGAGGAAAAUAGCAUUUGUUCAGCAAUCUUUUUAUUUCAUUUUUCAACUUCCUGUCUUCACAGGAGUCCCACUGUUCCAUUUUUCUGAAUUCUAGGAGUUGGAAUGUUAUGAAAGACUUGGAUGUUAUGUCAUCCUCUGGUUAACAAGUGUGUGAUUUGCAUAGCACUACUACUCUUUUCUAUGAAUUAUCCUCAGCUUCCUAAACUGGUCCAAAAGUUAAAUUAGAGGGGGAUUUCCUCUGUUCCUAAAAUGACUUUACAAAUUUUCAUUUUCUUGACCUCUGUACUCAUGUGGGAGAUUUAUUGCCUGUUAGUUCAUAUGUCAACAGAAGUUUGGGAAGGAAAGCCCCUAACAGCUCUCCUCAAAUCUUCUCUCCUUUACAUUGUUAUUGGAGUAAAUGUUGCAUUUUGGCCUUUAUAAUCCUUUGUUCUCCUAGAUAACAUUUGAUUUCAAUUAGUAGCAGACCCCAUUGCCUGGAAUUUUUAACAUGCUGACCCUUUAAAAUAUAAGGCACAAUUAAAUCAAAUUAUUUGGGGAAAAUGAUGAAUCAAAAUGACCUCCAUUGCCUUUAGAACUCUAAAAUGGCCCAUCUAACUCUUAUGAUUAAUAUGUGAUUUAGGUGAACACCUACUCCUUUUUUGUCCUUUUACAGUGAUGGUCACUGUUUCUUUCAUUGCUUUUCCAGCAUUUUUAAUUCAUAUUGAACUCAUAUCAUCACUUGAACUCUAAAAGAGCACUGAAAAAAAAACCCAUUGUGAGUCUUGGAAGUGAACCAUAUUGUCAUGCCAUGUAUGCAGGAUGCAGAGCUGAACCAAAUGCAUCCUGAGUAGAGACCUAGCAGUGUCAGGUGUGCCCAGAAUCACUGCAGAGGUGUCACAAAGGGCACACAGGGUGGCAAGUGUGGCAGUGCAGCUGGAGCAUAUCGGCUGCUGGGGAAAGGAGGUGUUAUUUAAGGAUUUAAAGAACAAUAUUUAUCUUAACCAGUGUCCAAACCACAAAGGAUUGAACUCUCUGCAUGGCAUGGAAAUACAUUUGGAAGUACGUCCUGUCUCGUCCCCACCCAGCACAUGCCCUUUGUGCGUGGCAGCCUUGCAGGUGGCCUUGGGGACUCCUGUCCUGCAGGUCCCUGCAAGCUCUGCCUUGCUCCUACUGAGACCUGCCACUGGCCUCCACAGCCCUAACACAGAAAUUAUCACAAAAUUAUUUAUUCCUCUGGCAUGACACUGCCAAAUACCGCUUUUGGCAGCAUUGGGUCCCAUGAGACCCCAAAGGGAAUGUAAUAUCAGUAAAUGAAGUUAAAAUAAUGUAUGAAACAACAGAGGAAGUGCUGAGCAGUACAGAGCUUAUUCACCCUUCACCUCAGACAGGACUGCUGGGAUGCUGUGACAAAAAAAAAGGGGAAGCUCUGGGAAAGGAGUUGCUGCUGUAAACAAGCUUGGUAAAGGUCUGGUUUCAUUUUGUGUCCUUCAGUUGCAAUAUGCAGCAAAACAAUUGCUGUCCCUGAUGUGUAGUUUUCCUUGCCUCUGCCUCCUCUCCAUGUAGAAAUUUCCAUCUUUCAAAAACUUGCUUCUUUAUUCACAGUAUAUUUUCCAUGGUGGGACCGUGUUUUUAAUGCAGCAGAAUACACCUGUUAUUAAAAAUGUUUUGGUUCAGAUUAGAAAGAAAUCCCAGGAUCCUAAAUCCAGUGUAGUCAAUAGAGAGAUAUCAAUACAAGAAUUUGAGUCAAAACAAAACAAUGAAGAAAAAAUACCAGAGUAAGGUGAGGGCCUUUCAGACUGGUGUAACAAACAAAGGCAAGCAACCAAGUUUUUCAUUUUUGAAGGAGUUGCAAUCUUCAUCUUGAUAAGAUAGAAAAGUAUGUUUCUCUCACUUCUGUGCACCUGAGAUGUACCAUCUUUUACAUUCUAGUUUUAAGCUCUGUAGCCAGACUUAGCACUGCCAAGACUUUCCCUUGGUUGCUUCCUGACUUCUUGACCAUUAUAGCAUAAAACAUUUUUGCAUUUCUUAUGUGUUUAUCCACAGAGAAAUGCUAUUGAAAGAAAAGUUUAAAGAUAGAAAAGCUCUUCUGACUAUAAAUUAAUUAAAGCUUGGUAUUUCCAUGAAGAUUAAGUAGCCCUACUCAGUCUCCUUCCCUAGGACAUGCCCUUUUCUUUGUGCUGUAAUCAAGCAAUUUGCCAAUCACUGAACUUGGAGGGAUAGAUUUGACUGUUUUGCAUUCCCCUUAAGUGUUCUGCCCGAUUUCUUCUCUGACUCUAACCCCAAAAAUUAUAUUGACUCAGAGGUAGUUUUUCAAUGGCUUUAUUCACAAAGUCUGGCAGCUUGGCCCUCUGUAAGGCCCUAUUUAGAUUUUCUGUUAAUUCAACAAAUGGAAGGGGCAAAACAAAGUGUUGCAACAAACUGAAAAUUUAAUCUGGUGUGUUUAUAAUCUCCUUCUUGGUUCUCAGGCAGGUUUCUCAACUUCUGCUUUCCAUUUAUAGCUGCCAGGCAAUAAUAUCAAAUUUUUGUAAUCUUGGUAGUGUUGUGAGGCCAUAAAACAUGAAAAAGGAGAACUAUCUUAGUGCAGACUAUUCCUAUUCAUGGAUCCACACCAUGCUCACCUACUUUUCAAAUUUCUGGCUCUAGAUUUUGGCAUUUUCUGCAGCAAAUGCAGAAAUAUCCAUUUCCAAGCUGUUCAGAGGGACAACCCCAUGGAGGGGUAAGAGGAAUGAAGAUGAGUUAAUAACCAGCACCACGUGCUAGUGUGUGAUGAGGUCUGCUUUGCCUUCUUUCAUCACAGCUGCAGUGUUGGCUGUUGUUGGGUUUUCCAUGUUGCAGACAAAGAGACAAACUAUGGAUUCAGUAUUUGUGCCUGAAAAUGGCUACCUUGAUUUACUGCACAGUGAUAUUGACCCAUUGCAUCUGUGUACUUUCUUUGAUCCUAAGUCAUCUGGAGAUGAAGAAGGUGACUUCGCUACAGAUCUUGAAGUUGAUGCCAGCAACUAUGAACAGUUAAAUAAUAUGGAUUUCCCAUAUGAAAAUGGAGAUGGGUUCUACCCCUGUUGCAACACCACGGAUGCUUAUGCUACAAUAGCUGAAUUAGUAGAAUAUGUGCUCAAGGAUCAGCAAGAGAAGCAGGUUGAAGACAUUUUUGCAGGGAACCUUAUUUUGGAUGACAUUGCUGCUGAAAACACUGAGAAAUUUCCUGACAUAAAGAUGCAGUCAUGUCUUAAACGAACUUUCUUAGGCUCUACAGCAGAGAGUUACUGUGAUGCUUCAGAACCCAAAUAUAAGAAAACUGUGGAAGUCCCUGCAGCUUCUGCAGGGAGUGGCAGUUUCUUUGCUAUGCCUCUGAACAGCCACCCAGUGAGCUGCACCUCCCUAACUAACCAGCACAUGUCCUGUUCUGUUCCUGCUGCCCAUGGGCUGGAAAGAAGCCUCAUCAUUCCUGGAUUGUCAGAACCUUUGACCUCAGAGUGCCUACCAGUCAGUGUGAAAGGGUACCAAGAGAAUCCAGGCUUGGCAGGUCCUCCUCAGGAGAUAUUUAACUUUGUUCUUGAAAAUGGCCCAUCUGAUGUUAUAGUAUAUCCAGUGCUGACAUCUCCCAUGGAAACACUCAUGUCUCCAAAUUUUCCAGUUAAUUUAUGUGCACAACAUACGUAUGCCACAAGCCCUGGAAUUCCAGAUGCAGCAGCAGAUAAAUCAGCAUAUUUAGAGAAAUUUCAAGAAGUUCAAGAUUCCAUAAUUCCUUCUGAAGAACCUUUCAAAAGACCAGAGCAAGUGGAAACUUUCUGUUCAUCCCUUAAGGAUUAUUUCCGAGACACGUGCAAAUCUGUGACCAUGGAGCGGGAAGUAAAUCUGGAUCACCUGUUCAUUGAUGGGACACUUGUUCAAAGUCAAACUGAAACCAAGACUGGAAAGAAUAGUGCAAAAGCAAUGGAAAAGGAGCUGGUAACCUGCAGCCUGCAAGAGAAGGAAAAGACAGCCAUCGAUAGAAGCCAAAUAUUUCAAAUCCCACAGCGUAAAGACUUAGAGACUAAAGUGAUUGUGGUGCUGGGAAAAGCAGGAAUGGGAAAAAGCAUUCUCGUUCAGAAGAUCUGCCAGGACUGGUCCAAUGGAGAGUUUUCUCAGUUUGAAUUUGUUUUUUGGUUUGACUGCAAGCAAAUAAGCUUGCCUGAGAAGCAAUACAGCCUGAAGGAACUGCUGCUUGAAUUCUUCGUAAAACCUCAAGAGGGAAGCGAAGAGAUCUUUGAGUAUGUGUUGCAAAAUCCUGAUAAAGUCCUUCUGAUUUUUGAUGGUUUUAAAGGGUUGCAUGAUCAUGAGAAUUUUCCUCGUUCAGCCAGCCAGCCUGAAAAGGAUUUGUGCAGUAUAAAGGAGCUGCUUUCAGGACUCAUCCAGAAAAAGAUACUCAAUGGCUGUACUUUAUUAUUUACAGCAAGACCAAAAGACAAACUGUACCAGUACGUGUCCAAAGUGGAUAAGACUAUUGAAAUUGUAGGAUUUUCGCCUCAGCAGAGAGAAUUGUACAUAACCAAAUACUUUGAAGAAUCAUUAUACUGUGAUAGUGCACUGAAAUUAAUCAAAGAGUGUGAGUACUUGUUCAGUCAUUGUUACAGUCCUGUUAUGUGCAGAUUCAUUUGUUUUCUCUGUGAGACUGUGCUUGAAAUGGGAGAGAAAAGUCUUCCUUCAACUCUUACUGAAGUCUUCCUGAAAUUUUUUCAGCAGAAGAUAAUGUUUCUGCAAACAGAUGUUACAACCACACAAAAUCAAGAGAGUCUUGCUACCCUAGCUCGUGUAGCCUGGUGUCUUGGAGAAAAGCACCAAAGUGCCAUGAAAAGUGAUCUUAUUCUUUCUAAGGGAGUUAAAGAGUUUGCUCUGAAGUAUGGGUUUUUCCUGCCAUUUGCAUUCCCCAGACAUUCAGAUAGUGAAGAAGAGGAAUUUGGGAGCACAUUCUCUGAUUUUGUCAUUCAGAAUUUCUUGUGUGCGCUCCACCUUUUGUUAGCAGAAGAGCUCAAGGAUAAAAACCUAACAAAGUACCUGUCUUUCCUAUCCAAGAAGAAAAAACCUUAUAACUGGUUAGAUUUAAUGCCUCGAUUUUUGGCUGGUUUGAUGUUUCUCCAGGACGACCCCUACUUCUGCUCUCUUUCAAAUGAGGAUGGAAAACAAUCAACCAAGAAGCAGAAGACACUCUUGAAAUACAUUAGAAGGCUGCAGAUUAAUACUCUCUGUCCAGAGAGAUUGCUGGAGCUUUUAUGUUGUGUUUAUGAAACACAGAACAAUUAUCUUCUGCAGCACGUGGCCUUAAGACUCGAGCCAGAGUUGUCUUUUCUGGGCAUAGUUCUUACACCACCUGAUGUCCACGUACUUCACUCUAUUUUGAAAAGGUCAAGAAAAGAGUUUUCCUUGGAUUUGCGGAACAGCAGCAUUGACAUGCAAGGGCUGCAAGCCUUGGUCAGCCUAAGGAAUGUGGCAUCAUUCAGGGCUUCCCUCAGUGACACAGUCAGGCUCUGGAAAUCUUUAGAACAGACAAAAGACUACGAACUGCUGAAAGCGUCCACAGAGAAAUUUGUUCUUGAUCCCUUUAAGGCAAAGACAAUGAAGGACAUCAGUGACCUCUCCGACCUUGUAGAGAUGCAGGAGAAGAUGAUGAAUUGUGUGCAAGAAGCAUCUGGUUGCACCAGCUAUGAAAUUCCUGCCAUCAGAAACCUCAGAAAACUCGAAUUCGCGCUAGGUCCAGCAUGUGGCCUUCAAGGAUUGCUAAAACUCGUGAAAAUUCUUGCAGCAUUUCCAUCACUUCAGCAUUUAGACCUUGAUGCUCUGAGUGAAAAUGGCAUAGGAGAUGAAGGAGCAAAGAGUCUGUCUGAAGUCUUUCCAACCCUGACAUCACUGGAAACAUUAAAUUUAUCACAGAAUAAAAUAACCGACCGGGGUGCAGAGAACCUCGCUGCAGCUCUCCCUUCCUUGUCUUCCUUAAAAACACUAAGCUUGUACAAUAACAACAUUUGUGAUUUUGGAGCAGAAAAUCUGGCAAAAGUUCUUCCUGCAAUGACAUCUUUAAGAGUGCUAGAUGUUCAGUAUAACAAAAUAACUGGUGUUGGAGCCCAGCAGCUGACUGAGAGCCUACGAAAAUGUCCCCAUAUGAAGAACUUAGUGAUGUGGAAUCCUACCAUUCCCUAUGGAGUUCUUGAACACCUUCACCAACUGGACUCCAGGAUCAGUGUGUAGAUUCAGAGGAUUCCAUAAAGGUGUCAUAAAGAAGAGGGGAGGGUGUCCUCUGUGCUUUCCUGUCUUCUUGCUGCUUUAUGAAUCGGUGUUCUCAUGUUUGUUGCAAAAUGUCACAUUUAAGUUUCUAAGCAAUGCUUAAAUUGGGUGAAUAAUAGAGCUUUAAAAUGCUAUUCAAAGACCCAACUGUAUUUCUACUUAAGUAGUAAAUGUUAAGCAACAUCAAAGAUGGAAAGAGCAUCUGGAUACUAUGACCACCAUUAAAGGAGACCAGGAACCACAAGGAUAUUGUGAGUAUAAAAUUCCAUCAAGUCAUCGAAGAGCAAACUGAAAGCUGCUCAACCUGCAACAUCUGAAGCACUGACAGAUCAAAUCUGAUUGUUUAUUUCAUGGUGCCAGUGGUAACUGCCAUCAAAUCUGGUCUGAUGAUUUUGGCCUUCCAAAGCUCAGUGUUACAGAUUUCACCUGUCUGUAUGGACUGAUGGGAAACACUGGGGUGAGGAGCAUAAAAGAAUCAUCAGCCCUAGCAAAUGUUCUGAUAGGAUUAUCCACAAGAUUCUAGAAGUUGCUCUUUUCUUCAUAAUAAUCAGUGAAUCUAGAAGUUGCUCUUUUCUUCACUAAUAAUCAGUGCUGCCUUAAGGGAUAGGAGCAUAUCUUAUCUUCUAUGACUUGUUACAGAAUCCUUCAAAAAGACUGGGAAAAAAAAAAAGAAGAAGUAAUGAGAAGAAAGGAAUUGAAAGUUAAAAACUAUGAAGGAUUCUUCUAACAUUAUUGCAGAAAUCCAAAUAGAUUAAAAUAGCCAGUUUAUUGCACACAAAUCCUCAAACAAUCUUUGAAGGUUUUUACUUUGUCUCAAAUGAGAACUCUAAAUUCAUAUACCUGGAUUGGUAUUUAAUUUCUUAAAUGCAGCUGGCAGCAUAAAUGUUUACAAGCACCAGUUUUAUACUUGACAGUGAGAUCACUACUGUGUGUGGUUUAUGUGGCCUUCUGGUUCUGAGUUAGGAGUAACCAGGCAAUCAGACAAAAGCACAUUUCAAAGCACUAUCAUGUCUAUGCUGCUGGUCUCAGUCAUAUGUGGGCCAAAUAUUCAUCCUGCUGACUGCAACAGCAAACCAGUUGUCUCUUUUAUUCUUUUAUUUCUGCUCUGUGAACAUGAAGAGAACUUAAAAUUGGGCAGAGGCAAUUGUCAGGUCAGGAGCACCAUUCUGGCUUCCUGUCACGAUAAAGUCUGAGACAGAACAACGGAAAGGGAUGGAAAAAGCUAGGAAUGCUCAAAUGCUACAAAUUGGGAAGUUUUCACUUCACAGUUAGCUCAGGGUUAUUUCAACAACCUCUUUGAUAUCUCUUCUGCUAGGAAGCACUGACAAUACUGACCCAAGGAUCUGUGCAAACUAGACUCUCUCAACUAACUUCUCAAAUACUCUGUUUCUUGGUCUUUAAAAAUUCACAGAUUUAAAGUUCAAAAUCACAACAUUCAUUUUCUUUCCAGCAAGUUCUACUUCUCUGCUUAAGUUUCAGUGCCUGCAGAAUCUUGACAGCAGGGAUGUGGACAAAUUAAAGAGAGUGGACAAAUUAAAGAAACAAGGGAGAAAGGAAGGUCUGUUUGUUGUUUCUGAGGGCAGGGAAUCAGAUAUAACAUGUAAAGGAACAGAGAGCAAGGAGGAAAAACUCUGUGGAGAAUAUGAUUGUAAUUAGAAUGUGGGGUUUUUUUUUUACCAUCUACAUGGUUCUUCUCUGUAGCCAAACUCUGGCCAGAGCCAUGGAUAAAAAUCUUAUUCAUCCUCUCCUCUUGGAGCUGCUUGAAUGGGAGGUAGUUUGAGCCAAAUCUGGUGUGAUAUUCCCAUCAGCCUGUGGUACUCCAGCCAUGCACAUCCGUGAUGAGCCCUUGUCUUGACCUCUCCUAACUAAGCUUUGGAUGACAAAUGGCCUUUAGGGAUAUAUUCUGCAGCUGCACUUUACCAUGACUGAGUCUGAAAAUGUGCUAAAUAUUCCAUAGGCAGCUGAAUGUUACAGGAUGCUGUCUGGACUACUAAAAUCAUGUUGGGUGUACUGCUGUUCUCUGAGUUAGUGGGAAUGUAUGUUUAUAAUGUACAGAUUGUAAAUUUUGAUACAGUGUUUUGGCUGUCUUUACACAUCUUUUUUAAAGUAUCAAUAAAAGUAAGUAUUCUGUUUAACAGUA